AUGGCUCUUUUGAAUCUUCUGCUCUCUCCAUGGACCAUUGCCGGGGCCAUUCCAUUAUGGCUGUCAGUUUAUUACAUAUAUCCCUACUUUGUGACAUAUCGUUCUUUAUACCUUGUGCCCGGACCAUUUAUUGCCAAAUUUAGCAAUAUCUGGGUUGGAUUAAGUGCCCGGCGUGGCCAGAAAUACGCCGCGGUGGACUCAGCACAUCGAAAAUACGGCAAGGUUGUGCGUAUAGGGUUCAAUAAUGUGUCUAUUGCGGAUGAAUCUGCACUAAACAUUGUUUACGGGCACGGAAACGGUUUCUUGAAAGAUUAUUACUAUGAAGCAUUUGUCGCACGAACACCGGGCAUGUUUAACGUACGCGAUCGAGCAGAGCAUACACGCAAGCGAAAAAUUAUCUCCCAUGCUUUUUCACCAAGAUCAGUUGCGGCGUUUGAGCCUCACAUGGUGGAUAAUCUGCGGCGUUGGGUCGUACAAUUGGACCGUAUCGCGGCUUCUCGGCCUCAACUUGACAAGGAAAAUUUCGGUCGAUUCAAUGCGAUGCCUUGGUUUAGCUAUCUUGCAUUUGACAUCAUCGGAGACUUGGCAUUUGGCUCUCCGUUUGGCAUGGUCAACCGGGGGAAAGACGAGACCGAGACACAACUCGUGGAGGGAGGGCCUAUUUCGUACGCCUCGGCAGUUGAGGCUAUCAAUCGACGCGGUGAGAUCUCUUCAACUCUCGGUCUUCUCCCGGCACUGCGUCCAUGGGCAAGGUAUCUCCCCGAUCCAUUUUUCACAAAGGGAGUCGCAGCCGUGGAGAAUCUCACCGGGAUUGCUGUUGCCGCGGUUGCAACUCGAUUGGAUGCUGUGGAAAAGGGUAUUGCUGAUUCGCGCAAUGAUAUUCUGUCGCGCUUGCUACAAGCCAAGGAUGCUAGUGGGCAACCUAUGGGUCGGGAUGAGCUCAUUGCGGAGGCACUGACGCAGCUGAUUGCUGGAUCUGAUACAGUCUCCAACACAUCCUGCGGUAUCUUCUACUGGAUUCUUCACGGAGAACGCAAUGCACCAAACACUAUAGUGCCUCGGUUACAAGAAGAGCUCGACCAAGCAAUUGUUUGCGAAGCAGAUAUUGUAAACUACUCACAGGUCAAAGAUCUUCCCUUCCUGCGAAGAUGCAUCGACGAAGCGAUGCGCCUCCACUCUACCUCGGCCAUCGGUCUACCGCGCCUGGUGGCUGAUAGCAGUCCAGGUGUCGAAUUCGACGGCUUUCACUUCCCGCCUGGGACAGUUCUUUCAGUCCCAUCAUAUACAAUCCAUCAUAUGAAAGAAAUCUGGGGUGAUGAUGUUGAAGAGUUCAAACCUGAUCGCUGGUUAAACUUGACUCCCCGACAAAAGAUUGCUUUCAAUCCAUUUUCAUAUGGACCUCGGGCGUGCGUUGGGCAAAAUGUUGCUAUAAUGGAGCUGCAAUUGAUUAUUGGCACUCUGUUCCAUCGAUAUGACUUUGCUUUGUAUCAACCGACAAUAGAAUCCCAUGAGGGCUUUUCUAAGAAACCCAAGGAAUGCCAUGCGGGAAUCAGAUUGAGACAUCAGAAUUGA